AUGGGACGAGCAUUGACUCUCGUUGAGCUGCGUGGCAUUACCAAAUAUGGCGAGAUGACGACUCUUCAUAUGGGCUCGAAGACCUGGAUUAUGCUCAACAGCAAGCGUGUAGCGGGCGAGAUCAUCUCUAAACGUGGCGCCAUAACCAACGAGAGAACACGCAUGCCCAUGUCGCACGAGGUCCUGAGCCGAAACUCUCGAACUCUCCUGGCACCAUUGAAUCGAUGGCACGAGCCUCGCCGUCUGCUAUCAUCCCUCAUGCUUACAGGCUCCGCACUGCAGCGAUACGGAGAAAUUCAGGAACUAGAAAGCAACCAGCUCAUGGCAGAGUACAUAUUGCAGCCGGAGUUAUGGUUUCGCCAUAAUUAUCGCUACGCAAACUCUGUGAUUCACCGCAUUGCGACGGGAGCCAAGUCACAUAUCGAGAAUCAGGAUCUUAAGAAUUUGCAGCAAGUCACGACGGUGUUCCUCGAUUCCAUCGGCUCGAGCAUCGUUGACUGGUUCCCUUUGCUACAUUCUAUUCCCCGUCCUCUGCAGUUCUGGCGAAGCUACUGGGAGGAGCGUGCGCAGUGGACACACGAAGUACUCAAAGCUUGGUGGGAUCCAGUCAGAGAGCAAGUUGAGAACGGUACCGCGAAUCCAUCCUUCGUUCGAGAUACUCUGUUGAACCCGGAAUCAAAGUACCAGGGCACUGACGAAGAAACCAUGUAUCUCGGCAUGACACUGAUCGAGGCCGGCAGUGAUACAAGCAGGAUGGUCCUCAACACAUUAGCGAUGGCCGCGGUACAUUACCCAGAAGCGUGGGCCAAAGCUCGACAAGAGGUUGAUUCCAUAUGCGAUACGCCUGCUGGUCUCAGACUGCCGCUGAUGAGCGAUCUGAAACGCAUGCCAUACUGCUGUGCGAUUGUAAAAGAACUGCUCCGCUGGCGACCCAUUUUUCCCUACCCGCCCGAUCACACUCUCACCCAAGACCUGGAUUUGGAAGGCUACUUCUUUCCGAAAGGCACAUCGAUGGUCAUGAACUUGAUCGCGAUAGGAGACGAGUGCGAGGAUCCAGAACUUUUCAGGCCCGAAAGAUGGCUGAAUGGCCACGAAGCCGACAUCACUCAUAAUUUGUGGCAAUUUGGUGGUGGUCGUCGGAUAUGCGUGGGCUAUCGCCUUGCUCAGACGGGCAUAUUCGUCAAUGUCGCAAGAUUCGCGAUGUGUUUUGACUACGAAGCGACCGGAAAAUUGAACUCGCUUGAUUUGAAUCAUGAAACGCUGGAAGAGCCAUUUCCGAUUAGAGUCAAGCCUCGUGGCACAAAGUAUAAGCAGCUCAUACUUGAUGAAGCAGAAAGGGCCGGUCUUCUUGACGUUGCGAGAAAUGGUAGAACACCCGCAGGCGAGCAUAAUGGGUUAGAAUAG